GUUGUCCCGCCGCGUUCGAUUCGGAACGAAGAAGAAGAGUCACAAAAACGCAAGACUGAAAAAAGUUUAGUCACGAAAAGGGAGGAAAGUGUCAGUCAGGCCAUCAGCGCCGCUAAAAUACGCGUAAAUUGUAAGUUCUGCGGUCCCGGUGGCAACGGGAAUCGAUUCCGAACAAGGAACGGCAGACAGCGACCGAGAUUAGAAGCGGAGAACAUCAAAUUCGAUUAGCAGGAGACUCUUCUUUCCCAUUCGUCGGAACAUCCGGAGACAACAGCAACUGACCAGCAGUAACCCACAAUGGCCUCCACAACCGGUGUGGUGGUACCGCGUAAUUUCCGACUCCUGGAAGAGCUGGAAGCGGGACAAAAGGGUGUAGGCGAUGGCACCAUUUCCUGGGGUUUGGAGAACGAUGACGAUAUGACACUCACUCACUGGACUGGCAUGAUCAUCGGCCCCCCUCGAACUCCAUAUGAAAAUAGGAUGUACUCAUUGAAAGUUGAAUGUGGUGAGCGCUACCCAGACGAACCACCAACGCUAAAGUUUCUUUCUAAAAUCAACAUAAACUGCAUUAAUAGUCAAAACGGAGUGGUCGAUCAUCGGAUGGUUCCCGUGCUGAACAGAUGGAACCGUGAUCAUACCAUUAAGACAAUUCUGCAAGAGAUCCGUAGGAUUAUGACGUUAAAGGAAAAUUUAAAGUUAACACAGCCACCGGAAGGAAGCUGCUUCUAGUGGCUUUAAACCACGGGUGGGAAAGUUUAGAAAGGCAUAAUAACCCGGAACAUCGUGAAACUCUACUCUUGCUGCUGGUUUUGGUUGUUUUGCGUUGUCGCCGUCAUUUUUGUUCAAUGUGGGUGCAAGACAGUCAUCUGUAAGAGACCCCUGUAAAAUAAAAACGAGAAAAAAAACUACCACACUAUCUGGACAGCGCAGAGAGAAUUUAAAUAUCAUUCGAAAAACAAAAGAGAAUUCUGCUAGGUACUUUCUAUCGCAUUCACUCAUAUUCAAUAGUGAAUAUUAUUGUUGCUGCUGUUCUUCAAUGUUUCCUAUUUUCUUAUUUCGUUACGUUCUCUUGAAAGAAAUGGGAUAACCUGCUAACUAUAAACUAUCAUUCGCAGCAAGACCCAAAAAUCUUGCUGCAAAAGUCACCAACAAAGCACUUUAGUAAAAAAAAAGAAAGCAAGAGAAACUCUCACCCACUCAGAAGAAUAAAAUAUUUUUUCCCACUACUGCUAAAUAGAGAGAGAAAGAAAGACGCAAGAGAUAUAAGGGGGAUUUGGCAUGGGAAAAUGCUUAAAAUGAUAAUUGCAGUAAACCUACAACACACACUCCAAAACGGCUCGAAGGAUUAAGAGCAGUCGUUGAUAAUGAUUUGGAAUAGUAAAGAAGGGCAAACUUAAGAAAAAUUGAUGAUAUCGGUUUAGAAUUAACGAACACUGCUGAUGAUUAAGGAAGGAAACAAUAAAUGCGGAUACUAUUCUCUAAAAAACACACAUUGUCCAAGCGAUUAUUUUACUGGGGGAAGGACGUCCGUUCUUGAAGCGAUUUGUUGUCAGCUGAAGAAUCAUACCGAAGAAUUUUAGAAUUUUUCUUAACCGAUAGAGCGUUGAUCUUUAAGUGCAUCUAAUCGUUGCUUUGCCUGUAGAAUACAUUUAGGGUUCUUCAUCCGAAACAGUGAGGCGCGAAAGUCUUGAUAUGGAAGGAUGAGUACUUGAAGCAAGAUGUAAGGAAUUGUUUCUAGCCAGUAGAGAUACCAGGCUAGAUUGAUUGAAGAUAGCUGCGUUAACUAUAUUUAUCCAAUCUUAUGUAACAUUAAGAAGCAGCAUACUUCCUCCAUUGAGCACGUGGUCCAGAAUGAUUCUUAUGUAGGUUAUUUUUCGAAACAACCAACACACGAUUUGAUGAGUUCCAACGCCAGACAAAAAUAAAAUCUAGAUGUAUCGAAUCGUUUAUUCCGUUCAAAUAUGAUAAAGGAAACCUAUAGGACAAACUAUGAGCCGCAACACCCGCUAGUGAACAACCAACGCGAAACGAAGCUGAUCCCAACACCCGUCGUUUGAAAGACCCUCUUUCCCUUCCCAUUCUCUCCCCUUAACGAAUCGGUGUAACAUUGAAAUUAAAUCCAAGAACAAAAAAUCAACGAGAUGGAGCUUUCGUUCUUUUAAAAACAGCAUAAUGAAAUAAAAGGUAAAAAUCUGCAA